AUGAUUCACAACAAAGUUGGAAUGUUUGGCAUAGAUUUAGCUGACCCAGCAUUUGACAAACCAGGAAGAAUAGAUAUGCUUAUAGGAGCAGGACUUUUUUGGAGAAUUUUGGAAAGUGGAAACCACAUUCAGAACUACAGGCAACCUGCUUUUCAAGAAACUAAACUCGGAUGGAUAGUCGGUGGUGAAUUGCAGACAACAUGCCAACCGACUUCCUUGAAUUGCCUCCUUUUAACAGAAGAUUUGGACGAGAAACUUGAGCAAUUUUGGAAGAUAGAAGAAGUACACACUCAGAAGAAGAAACAAAUACAGCAAGACUUUUGUGAGAUUCACUUUUCUAAGACGCAUACCAGGGACCGAGAAGGAAGAUUUAUAGUAGAGCUCCCAAAAGACGACAAAGUAAAACUUGGCGAUUCAUUUGAGCAAGCCCUGAGAAGAUUUAAAUCAUUGGAAUGA